CGGCCCAACGUUAACGCUGACGGCAGAUUUCCAUGUAAGGGGCGGACCGCUAUUUUCGGCCGCCGACCGAUAUGGAUAAAGGGACCCCACGGAGCCGGCACUGCGCCACUCGCCGCUCUCGCCGGUCUCUUGCACGACGUACAAAACGCGAUCCUGAGCGAUCGUCCGCCGAUCUCUCUCGUUCUCGGCUCUGCAUCAGCAAACGAAAGGAAACUAACAGCUAAUCAAGAUGUGUGACGAUGAUGUUGCGGCAUUAGUUGUGGACAAUGGAUCUGGUAUGUGCAAGGCCGGAUUCGCAGGGGAUGAUGCACCGCGUGCCGUGUUCCCUAGCAUCGUCGGCCGCCCCCGUCAUCAGGGCGUGAUGGUCGGUAUGGGUCAAAAAGACAGCUACGUUGGCGACGAGGCUCAAAGCAAGAGAGGUAUAUUGACGUUAAAGUAUCCUAUAGAACAUGGUAUCAUCACCAAUUGGGAUGACAUGGAAAAGAUCUGGCAUCACACCUUCUACAACGAAUUGCGUGUCGCUCCCGAGGAACACCCGGUCCUCCUUACCGAAGCACCUCUGAACCCGAAAGCUAACCGUGAAAAGAUGACACAGAUUAUGUUUGAAACCUUCAACAGCCCGGCUAUGUACGUUGCUAUUCAGGCCGUCCUUUCCCUAUACGCCUCCGGUCGUACCACCGGUAUCGUUUUGGACUCCGGUGACGGUGUCUCUCACACCGUACCCAUCUACGAAGGUUACGCUCUUCCUCAUGCCAUCCUUCGUCUGGACUUGGCCGGACGCGAUCUUACCGAUUACCUCAUGAAGAUCCUCACCGAGAGAGGCUACAGCUUCACCACCACGGCUGAGCGAGAAAUCGUCCGCGACAUCAAAGAAAAGCUCUGCUACGUCGCCUUGGACUUUGAACAGGAAAUGGCGACCGCUGCCGCCAGCACUUCUCUCGAGAAGAGCUACGAGUUGCCUGAUGGUCAGGUCAUCACCAUCGGUAACGAGAGGUUCCGUUGCCCCGAAGCUCUGUUCCAGCCUUCCUUCCUGGGUAUGGAAUCUUGCGGUAUCCACGAGACCGUCUACAACUCCAUCAUGAAGUGCGAUGUCGACAUUCGUAAGGAUUUGUACGCUAAUACCGUUCUCUCCGGUGGCACCACCAUGUAUCCCGGUAUCGCUGAUCGUAUGCAAAAGGAAAUCACUGCCCUCGCGCCCUCAACCAUCAAGAUCAAGAUCAUCGCUCCACCUGAGAGGAAAUACUCCGUAUGGAUCGGCGGUUCUAUCCUGGCCUCUCUGUCCACCUUCCAGCAAAUGUGGAUCUCCAAGCAAGAAUACGACGAGUCUGGCCCUGGCAUCGUCCACCGCAAAUGCUUCUAAAAGAAUACAUCGAGGGUCAAUCAAACGUCCAUUCAAGCACCAUCGCCGUGACUCUUUUCCUUCCCUUAUCUAUCUCCUUUUCGAUACACUAGACCUGCCCUUACAAAUUAUACAA